AGCGUCGCGACCGACUGCGCCGUAGGAAACCGGAUACGUGUAAUAGGGGCUUAAAACAAAUCACCUGAGAGCCAAUUGAUGCCCAGCCGGUGCGGCUACAUUGGAUAUGUCAAGAGAAGAGACGAGAAGUAUAUAAGGAGGAAGGCGCAGAAGACCGAGUGCGUUGGAGAAUGCUGAUCUGUGGUGAUCCUUAACAGGAAGAGCCGAAAGAAGGAGAAAGAUGUACAAGAUGUGUGCGUACACUCACUCCUCAUCAUAACCUCCGAGCGUGAGACUCAGGCCUCACUGCCUCAGUCAACCAUUGCCCCUCGUCUUGUAAACACCAUACGAUAUUUACUAACGCAAGUCCGAGCGCCAUGGGUCACAAGGAUUAUACUCACAACACCGUCCCCACCUGGAUAGAGGAGAACAGGAAGUUCUUCAUGCCACCUGUGUGCAUCAAGAUGAUGCAUGGCGUCGGCCAGCUGAAGGUGUUCUUCGCAGGUGGUCCUAACCAGAGGAAGGACUUCCACUUGGAGGAGGGCGAGGAGUUCUUCUACAUGAGAAAGGGAGAUAUGAACGUCAUCACGCUCACCAAUGGCGCGUUUAGGGAUGUCAUCAUCAAGGAAGGGGAGGUGUUUCAGUUGCCAGGCAAGAUUCCGCACUCACCGCAGAGGUUCCCCGAUACUAUUGGUUUGGUCAUCGAGCGAGAUAGAUUAAAGACCGAGCUGGACUGCCUCAGGUACUUCGUGGAGGGCACUCAGGAGACCCUUUUCGAGCGCUGGUUCUAUUGCGAGGAUCUCGGCACUCAGCUGGGCCCGGUCAUCAAAGAGUUCUUCGCCUCAGAGCAGUACAGGACCGGCAAGCCGAUUCCAGGCACCAUCCAGGAAAAACAGCCAUGGGUACCAGACACCGCCAGGGUGCUACAGGAACCCUUCUCGCUGGCCAGAUGGCUCAACAAACACAGAGGGGAGAUCCAGCAGGAGGGAAGCCGGCGGCUCUUUGAUCUCAGUUACCAGAGUGACGUGUUAGUGUUGGGUCGCGGCUCCUCGCAGCACCGCCUGCCACUUGCAGAGACGUGGUUGUGGCAGCAGGAAGGUGAGAGCGUACUCAGCAUAGGGGAGGAAGAAGUGGUACUCAAACCUGAAGACACUCUGCUGGUUAACGCAGACAUACCCUUCACGCACACACGCGGGGAAGACUCCAUCACCGUCUCUGUGGUGAUGGACCCCAGCAACAAGGAGCGGGGCUUUGGUCAUCUUAAUAAGUUGUAACAGACUUCCCUAAAUUUUAGGCAUUCUUAUUGUGCCUUACUAUAUACAUAUAUAUAUCUCUGUAGUGCUUGGCAGCGCUUCUGAUAGGUGGACAAGAGGAACGAUAAUUUCUAUUAACUUGUAUUAAUUUGUACUUGAGUUGUGAUGAUUAUGACGGUCACCGUUGUCUUGCCAUCAUAAGAAGUGUAGAUUGCAACGCGGCCUGACUCGCCCGUCUCCGCCACCACCACUACCACCGUGCUGCAUCAUCGUAACGCAAGUGGAAAUAUUAGCGUGCAUAUUGUGCAAGAUGAUUUUCAUUGUUAUGGUUUACAUCCCAUGUGAUAGAUAUGUUUAAAAUGAGUUAUACUGUAGCACAAACAUUUAUUGCCUCUCAAACCAUUUUAUAUGAUUAUAGUAUUAUCUCCAUUAAAAACAGUCGCAU